AUGAAGAGUGUUGAGGAACAAGAGUUACUAAGUGCCCAAGAAGUGCAAACCCAAGAAGAGAUCAAAUAUGCUGAUUUUCGUGAAGCUAUCCGUAUGUUAAGUCAAGUUGCGACCUAUCAUGUUGGGCAGAGAGAUAAUCGACACGAAGUGGUUGAUACUUCAAAGAUCUGUGAACUCUUAAGGAUGAACCCACCAAGCUUCACAGGUUCAAGUGUCACUGAGAAUCCGGAGAACUUCAUUGAAGAGCUUAAAAGGAUGGUGGCAGAUAUGAAGAGUAAAAUGAGUUUAUAUGUUGUUGGGUUGUCUCGUCAGUCAAGCAAGGAAGGCAAGGCAGUUAUGCUGAUAGGGGAUAUUGAUCUAGCAAGAUUUAUAAUCCAUUUACAACAAGUUGAGAAGGAUAAGUUGAAGGAUAGAGAAGAGUUUAAGGAUAAGAGGGCUUAUGCGCUUGCACCUGAAAACAAAGAUGGGUACAAAAGAAAUUCCUAUAAUUUCAAGGCUAGACCUGCCUAUCCUCAAGGCAGUAUGGUACCAAGGGGUAGUAAGCCUCUUGCCUGCACCAAGUGCGGUAGGAAACAGUCAGGUAUUUGUCGUAAGGGCUCCAUUGGUUAUUUCAAGUGUGGUCAGAGUGGGCAUUUCAUGCGAGAGUGUCCAAAGAACAGGCAGAGUAGUGGAGAGUUGGGAAGUAGGGUCCAAUCUUCAUCAGCUGCUCCCCCAGACAGGAUGGUGCCUAGAGGAGCUACUUCUAGUACGGGCGGAGGAGCAAACCGCCUCUAUGCAUUCAACAUUCGCCAAGGGCAAGAGGAUUCGCCACAUGUUGUCAUUGGUAUGAUUCGAGUCUUUGACUUUGCUGUUUCUGCUUUGCUAGACCCCAGAGCAAGUUUAUCUUUUGAAAUUCCUUAG